AUGACAAAUCAAGAAAUGAGAACUGUACGGUUGACAGUUAUCGCAGCAGAUGGCCUAUAUAAAAGAGAUGUUUUUCGGUUACCUGAUCCUUUUGCAGUUGUUACCGUUGAUGGUGAACAAACACAGACUACUUCUUUUAAAAAAAGAGAUCAAGGUUUUUUAGGUGUAAUUAAUGUUCAAAUUGGUGAUGUGUUUGAUGUUAAUACUGGUGGUGAUGAAUUAAAAAAAUCAAAUGCAAACGAAGUGGUACAUGGUAAAUUAAUUAUCAGCAUAUCCACAAAUGUCAACACACCAGCGAAUCACCCAGGCGUAAAUAGUAGUCAUGUUGAACUCUCAUCGCGGCCAACGAGUAUUUCAACUACAACACCUUCAACAUCAUCUGGUGUCACUCAAAAUGGUGCUAUUGUAAGCCCAAGUCCUGGAUCUGGACAUUCCUCAACAAACAGGACAUUUUCAUCAUUUGAAGAUCAAUAUGGAGCUUUGCCGCCUGGCUGGGAAAGGCGCGUUGAUCAUUUAGGACGUACUUAUUAUGUCGAUCAUAAUACUCGAACAACUACUUGGGUAAGACCAUCGACGAAUGCAACUGCAACUCAAAGAUUACAAGAGCAACAAAAUAUAACAGAAUUAGAACGCCGCCGUCAUAACAAUCGUACACUUCCUGAGGAAAGGCUACCAACAAAUUCUUCGCCAUUACCUAAUAAUAAUAAUUCAUCAUCUACAUCUCUUGCAAAUUCUAAUGCAGAAACAUCAACAAGUUCUCCAGCAACGAAUGGUAUAAUACCAGUAAGUGGCGCAACAACAGCUGGAUUUGGUCCAUUACCACCUGGUUGGGAACAAAGAGCAACGCCAGAAGGUAGACCUUAUUUUGUAGAUCAUAAUACUAGAACAACAACAUGGGUUGAUCCUCGUAGGCAACAAUUCAUUCGGAUGUAUGGUGGAAAUGCCAAUAAUGUCACAGUUCAACAACAACCAGUAUCUCAACUUGGACCUUUACCUUCUGGAUGGGAAAUGCGUUUAACUAGUACAGCAAGGGUAUAUUUUGUAGAUCAUAAUACAAAAACAACAACAUGGGAUGAUCCGAGAUUACCUAGUAGUCUGGAUCAAAAUGUGCCUCAAUAUAAGCGAGAUUUCCGUAGAAAACUUAUUUAUUUCAGGUCUCAACCAGCACUUCGUCCUGUUCCAGGGCAAUGUCACAUCAAAGUUAGACGUAAUUUUAUUUUUGAAGAUGCCUAUUCGGAAAUUAUGCGUCAACAACCACAAGAACUUAAAAAACGUUUAAUGAUUAAAUUUGAGGGAGAAGAUGGUUUAGAUUACGGAGGAUUGUCUAGAGAAUUCUUUUUCCUUCUUUCACAUGAAAUGUUCAAUCCUUUUUAUUGUCUUUUUGAAUAUUCAGCGCAUGAUAACUACACACUUCAAAUUAAUCCUCAUUCAGGAAUUAAUCCUGAACAUCUCAAUUAUUUUAAAUUUAUUGGCCGUGUAGUUGGUCUUGCAAUAUUUCAUCGUAGAUUUUUAGAUGCAUUUUUCAUCACAUCAUUUUACAAAAUGAUUUUAAAAAAGAAAGUUGGGCUACCUGAUAUGGAAAGUGUUGAUGCAGAUUUUUUUAGGAGUUUAAAAUGGGCUUUAGAUAAUGACAUUACAGAUGUUUUAGAUCUGACAUUCUCAACAGAGGAUGAUCGAUUUGGUGAAGUGGUGACCGUUGACUUAAAACCAAAUGGAAGAGAUAUUCCUGUUACAGAAGAAAGCAAAAAAGAAUAUAUUGAACAUAUAACUGAGUGGCGUAUUUCAAAACGUAUUGAAGAACAAUUUAAAGCAUUUAUGGAAGGAUUUAAUCAAUUAAUACCUCAAGAUUUGAUUUCAGUUUUUGAUGAACGUGAAUUAGAGGUUGGAAGUAUAGCAGAGAUUGACGUGGAUGAUUGGAAGAAGCAUACUGAUUAUAGAGGCUAUACUGAAUCUGAUGAAGUUAUACAGUGGUUCUGGAAGUGUGUAAGAUCGUGGGAUUCAGAAAAGAAAUCUCGUUUACUGCAAUUCACCACUGGAACAUCACGUAUCCCUGUCAAUGGAUUUAAAGAUUUACAAGGUAGUGAUGGACCCAGAAGAUUUACAAUAGAGAAGGCAGGUGAUAUUACUCAAUUACCAAAAAGCCAUACUUGCUUCAAUCGUAUUGACUUGCCACCAUAUAAAACAUAUGAUGCAUUGGUAGCAAAAUUAACACUAGCUGUAGAAGAGACCAUAGGAUUCGGACAAGAAUAA